CAUUAAUUUAUUUUUUGUUUUCGUUUUCAGAUUAUGGGACUGCAAAUACUAAUACUAUGUACCUACCUCGCAGUAGCGAGUGCAUCGCUGGAGGUCGUUAACCAGUGGAGCUUGCUGCAAUUCGAUUUCCCGCCAGAUCCUGUACCGCUCGAGAAGUUCCAGCCUGAAAAUACAGUUCCAACGGGGUUAGAAGUCGGUUGGGACAGAAUAUACUUGGGUAUACCACGACUCCGUGCUGGUGUUCCAGCCACAUUGGCGUGGAUACCACGUUCUUUGCCACCUGGUGUCAGCCCUGUUCUUCAGGCGUAUCCCGACUGGUCGUGGCAUACCGCUGGCCGUGGCGACAUCAACUGUACAGGAUUAAUUUCCGUGUACAGAAUACGUGCUGACCGCUGCAACAGACUCUGGGUGUUGGAUGCUGGAGUAAUUACAAGCCUUGACGACUUCCGUCGUGUCUGCCCGCCUAAGAUUCUAAUCUUUGACAUGGCUACCGAUCGCUUGGUGAGGAGUGUAUAUUUCCCGAGAGAGCUGCUGCGUCCAGCCUCUCUACUUACCAACAUCGUGUUAGAUGACACCAGAUCGUCAUCUUCCCGUCAUUCCUCUACGUGUGACAACUUAUUCGCGUACAUCACCGACACUGUCGCCCCAGGCAUCAUCGUUUACGACGGUCGCAGAGACAAUGCUUGGCGAGUAACGCAUGCAUCUAUGUACCCUGAUCCCGACUUCGGAGAGUAUGACAUUGGGGGAGAGAAAUUCACUCUCAUGGACGGUGUCGUUGGCCUUACGCAUUCCCCUGCGCAGGGAUUAUUGUACUAUCAACCUUUGGCUACUGACAGAAUAUUCAGCGUAUCGACAGCAGUGCUGGCAUCUGGUCCUCCUGCGGAAGGAACUGACUUACCCGUAAAUCUCGUGGGACGUAAAUCUUCCCAGGGUCUCGGCAUAGCCGUGGAUCCUCGAGAUGACACUAUCAUUUUCAGCCCUAUGACUGAAACAGCGAUAGCUGCUUGGAAUCCCAUUACCAAUUCUCACAGGGUGUUGGCACAGGACCCUGAGAAACUGCAAUUCUGCGCGGAAGUCCGCUGGGUAGAGCGCGACAACGGCGUCGUGUGGGCCCUCUCUACUAGGUUCCACAAAUACUUCAAACGCACUGUCUCGAAACAUGAGAUCAAUGUCCGAAUCGUCCGCGUUGUGGAAGCUGGCUACGGCAGCACCUACGUACCCCUGCAGCCUCACAUACUGCGCCGGUCUGCCAACUACACAUCCCCACUUUACUGA